UGUGUUCUCUGAUGCUAUGCCUGUUGCCGUCGAUGUUGAUGCUUGGGGCCACAGCGCAACGAUGUGGUUGGCAAGCUGGUGGAGCACUGUGCGCAAAUAGGUUAUGUUGCAGCCAAUAUGGGUGGUGCGGAAACAACAGAGAGUAUUGUGGAACAGGUUGCCAGAGCCAAUGCCAACCUACCAGCAGCGGCGGAGGUAUCAGCAGCAUCAUUAGCAGUUCUACGUUCGAAGAAAUGCUAAAACACCGGAAUAAUCAAGCAUGUCCGGGGCGUGGAUUCUACACCUACGAAGCUUUUCUCGACGCUGCUAGAUCUUUCAAUGGGUUUGGCACAACAGGUGAUAUCACCACCCAAAAAAGGGAGCUCGCAGCUUUCUUCGCUCAAACUUCUCAUGAAACCACAGGUUCGAACGUUCAUAGAGUUUUGCAGAGAUUUUAUAUGUGUGUGCAAAUAAUUAACGUUUUGGUCUGUGCAGGAGGGUGGGCAACUGCACCGGAUGGUCCAUACGCGUGGGGAUAUUGUUUUAUCAACGAACGGAACCAGGAUGUUUAUUGCAGUGGUGGAGGAUGGCCAUGUGCUCCUGGUAAAAGAUAUUACGGACGAGGACCAAUUCAACUCACACACAACUACAAUUAUGGGUUAGCUGGUAGCGAACUCGGAUUAGAUUUGACCAAUGAUCCGGAUCUAGUUGGAAGAGACAGAAACGUAGCGUUCAGAACAGCCAUAUGGUUUUGGAUGAGACCACAAGGAAACAAGCCGUCCUGCCAUAAUGUCAUUACCGGAGGAUGGACGCCGUCUACUGCUGACACGAACGCCGGUCGGGUUCCCGGGUUCGGUGUUAUCACCAACAUAAUCAACGGCGGACUGGAAUGUGGGCGCGGCCCGGAUCCUCGGGUCCAAAGUCGGAUCGGGUUCUACCAGAGGUACUGUCAAUUGCUGGGUGUGAGCCCAGGGAACAAUUUGGACUGCAACAAUCAAGCCCCGUUUUGAUUACUCCUAUCUCUGUCUUCUACUUAUAUCGAGUGGGAGUGGGACAUUGUAAUACCUCAAUAAAAUGUAUUAUCAUGAAGGAAUGAAAUA